GCGCAUUGAGUAUUUUCAUUUUCGUGUUUUCGACUGAUGAUGUUGAUACACCAUAAAAUAAUAAAUAUUCUAUAAGAAAUAUUAAAGAAGAGCAAUUCAGAACAUCCGAUUCUUGUCAAAAAUUAUCGAUAAGAAAUUGUGCCAGCAUCGACCGUGGUUUACCCAUGGAGCGAGGCGGAAUAUUUCUAAACGCCACCUGGUGCAUUGGUCUGUGCUCCAACAAUCUGAUCUUUGAUCCAUGAAUGAUUUGUGCUUGUUUCAGCACGAAUCCUAUGUGUUUCGACACUUUCGUGUAUGCGAAAUGAUCGAGGAUGCUUUCUUCACCAAAUUUAAUUGCAAGAAAGGGGUAUGCUGACAUUGAGUAGGAUAUCUCUUCCUAGUUUUGCCCCAAAUGCUAUGUUAAAAGCGAAUGAGCAAAUCAAUAGAGCACCUCCAUUCAUGAGGGUUGGUUUCCCCUCGAAAAUAACUUCCACUGAUAUACACACAGCUGAAUUUGAAAUCAACAACGUUUCAAUAUCAGCACGCAACUUAUUGACUAAAGGUGUCAUCCAAGACGAAAUUAGCGCCUACUCAGGGGCUGCAGUUUCAACUCGAGGACGAUAUCUAAAUCCUGAGGAAAUUCCUAACCAAAGUGGUGAACGUGCUUUGUAUCUUUUCGUACAGGGUCCGUCAAAAUCCAGUAUAAAUUUGGCUCUAGAAAGAAUAGAAUUAGUUGUGAUGAACCACAGCAUUCAAAAUGGGCCCCCACCUUCACAACCACGGCAAUCUCGUUUUAAAAUGGGACCACCACCAACAAGCUUACCCCCACCAUCCAUCUUAACAGCACAAUUUACAUCAGUUCCUCCACCAAUGAUUAACCUGCCUUCACAGAUUCAAAGUCCCACAAUUGCUGAAAAGGUUAUUACUGGAAUGGAUAGUGCACCCAGUUCGUUUGACUUGCGUAACAAACUACUUGGGGUGGGAGGAGCUAAUUUACAAUACAUGCGCAAUGAAACUGGUGCCAUGGUUACUUUGCGAGGCAAAGGCUCAGGCUUCAUUGAACCUUCAUCAGGGACUGAAUCACUGGAACCCCUCCAUUUCUACAUUGAACAUCCUCGCCCCGAUGGAGUUCGAGAAGCUCGCACCUUAGCUAUCAACCUUAUAGAGACUUUGCAGCAAGAACUACAGCAGCAGCAACAACAACAACAACAGCAGCAGCAGCAGCAACAGCAGCAGCAGCAGCAGCAGCAACAGCAACAGCACCAGCACUUAUUGGCCUUUCAACAGGGUGCGUUGCAAACUGUUCAACUUGGAUCGGUUGGGCAAACUGGUUUGCUUACCCUACCUCAUGAGAUGCUGCAACAAGCUGGUCUUGUCACAACAUCUAUUGGAAAUAUAAAUGUGCCGACUAUUCUGACACAGCAGCACGUUGGACCUUUGGUUGUGCCACCACCACCACUUAGUGUGCCUCCACCAAACAUUGUGCAGCCCCAACAGAUUCAACAGCAACAGCUUAUUCAAGCCCAAGUGCAGCAGCAGGUGCAGCUGCCUCCUCCUGGUGUGCAUAUUCCCACUCAACAGGGUCCCUUGGUUCCACCUCAACAGCAGCAAUCUCAGCCUCCACAGCAGUCAUCUCAGCCACAGCAUGUUUUGCACCAAGUCCACCAUUUACCUAGUACCCAGUUUCAUCUAGCUCCUACAAAUCAACAGCCACCUCAAAUUCAACAGCACUUGCUUGCCCAACCGCCUCCUCCUAUUCAGCAGGUAUUAUUAAGUCAAGCUCCUCCUACUGUGACUAGUCAGGCCCAAACUCAGCAAGUACUAGGUCUAUUCCAUCAACCACCUCCACAAACACCCCAACAAACACAGCAUUCCCUGUAUGUCCAAGCAGGCCUACCACUUCUUCACCAGCCACCACCCAUGGUGAAUGCACAGUUACAGUUUCAGAUUCCACCCCAACCAACACAAGGUUCCCACCAACAACAGAUAAUAUCAGUUCCUCCCCCACCUCCUCCUCCUCCACAGCAAGCUCAAACACAAACAUCUCAAGCCAAUCAGCAAGUUCAAGCAAAUUUCAUCUCUCAGUCUGUGCCAAUGCACUACACACUACAGUUUCAGCAAGCAAAUCCCUCAAGCUCUACUGCCUCCUUGAUUCAGACACCCCCUCAUCAGUCUCUUCUUGACCAUCAGCAUGCUCAACAAAUGCAACAGCAGUCACAGUCUCAAUCAAAUCAAAUUCAGGGUGGGUUUGUUAUGACAACCCAAGGAUCGCAGUCUCUAGUCCAAGUUCCUCCACCUGUUCAAAUGCAUCAUGGUGGCAUUGUACCACCUCAUCUACAGCCACCUCAGCAACAAGCCCCAGUAGCUGUUCCCCUACCUGUCCCAGCACCGGCACCUCCACAUUCUUCGGCUCAGGUUUCAUCUGCUAUGCACACCCACACCACCUACCAGCCAGGAAUCAUGACUCAAUCUGGGAUGCCUAUUCAUCAGCAACAACUACCCCCUCACCUGCAGCACAUGCAGUAUCAACUACCCCCUGGUAGGCAGAGUCCAAUGCAUGGUCAAACUGCACCUCAUGGACCUUCUUCUCCAGCUUCACAGCAAUCACAGAAAGAUCCCAAAAGUCCAAGUUGUCAAGAGAAUGGACAGGUAACACGGCAAGGUGCUACACAAAAUCAAUCAAACAACCAGCAGCAUCAGGAAAGAAGACCUUCACCUCAACCUCAUCAAAGACAGGGGAUUGGUAUUGAGGAGCUGAUUCAGAUGAACCAUCAGCAACGACAGCAGCUAAGUGUUGAGCCGGGAAGCGCCCAAAACGGCCGGCAAGGCCCCGCGCCCCGCGACAAGACGGUGAUGCAGCAACCUUCGUCUGCCAUUGGUCAAGAUAAUUGGUCUGAUGCAAGUGGAAAUCCAAACCAAGACUCUCAAAAUCAAGGAAAAGGUGACAAAAGCAGUGAAGAUCGCGAUGGAAAAUCGUCCAUCGGCUCUUAUGAUGAAAUCCACGGCCGAGAACGGGACAGAGAACGAGACAGGGAAAGACAGCGAGACCUUGACCGCAGGGACUCCCGGGAAAGGGAACCUGGUCCCUUUGGACGCGGCCGAGCUGGCAGUCGAGGCAUGAGCAACGACGAACGUGAGCGAGAGAGAGAGCGAGAACGGGAACGCGAGCGAGAACUAGAACGACCCACCUUCAAUCACUACCAGUCCAAGCCCCAGCUCUAUAACCCCAACCUUCCCUUUCAUAUGCACGCCCCACCCCCACCGCCGCCACCUGCCGGAGGAGGACCAGGGCCGGGCGGGCCAGGUCAGAACGCCUCGGGGCAAGGCCAGUCUCAAUCGGCCCAGGCAAACCCAGCGUUAUCUUACCAACAGUACCCCCAGCAGGCAUACUCGCAGGGCUACUAUCAGGGGUGGGGGCUUAACCCUUAUGCAUGGAUGGGUCAAUGAAAAAGGGUGCUAAUUGAUUUUGCACACAAAUCAAAACUUUGCCAAAUGCCACAACUCUCUGCUUGUGAUACAAGUAUCUCAACCAAAUGGCUUGGUAGUUAAAUGGCUAUUUAUUAAAGGCUCACUUUGAUGUUGAAUAAUGAGCACAUGAAGAAUAGCACCCUUUGUGUUAGUGGUUCUGAAACAAUAUUUAUUUCUGUGAUGUCUCUUUAGUAAGUUGUAAGGAAUUGAAUUUCCUUUGAUAAACCGUGAAUACCAAAGCAAAUAAUCAUGCAGAGCUGCUAUAGGCGGUUGUUUAACUUGUAAGAUCAUUGUUAAUAUCAUUGACUAUACUACUGUAUAUGUUUUAUAUUGUGCCAUGAACUGUUGUUUGCACUCAACAAAUCUAUAGAAUCACUGUGAUUGUUGAUCUAUAAGUAUUGUUAUCUCACAAGUUGUACUGAUCUAAUUCCAAUGCGUUGUUUAUUCAUCAACGAUUCAGCUACAAAUUUGUUGCAAACUAAAUUCUUAUUAGUACUGCUACAAGCAGCAUGGUCCUCCCAACUUGUGAAUAAAUUCUCUAGUUUUUAUCAAUUAACAUUUUCCUUUUUUUUUAUAAUUGUGAUAAAGUGUCUAGAAAAAUCUCUGGCAUAGAUCCCAUUUUCCACCCUUUUUUUCUGUUAGAUUGCUCAUUAAGACAGACUAGAUGUAAAAAUCUUAUGUUUUUUGAUUAGUACCUAGUUACAUACCUGUUCUUUUCCAAGAGCAUGUAGCAUGUUUCUCUGUUUCCUAUGUAAUCAUUAUGAUGUAGUUUGAAGCAAAUCAUUCUCACGAAAUUCAGUUACAGUUUGAUCUUAAAUUUGUUGGUGACUGUGAUAAAAUGAAUAAAUGUUUAGAAAAUGAA